AUGAUCGGCCUGCGACUGCUGAGCGCGUGUGCUGCGCUCGUGCUUGCCUCUGUCGCCUCGGCGGCCGAGCCCGCACCAGCUGCCCCGCCCGCCGACCUGUCCAUCCGUGUCGCGUCGUCGUCGGCGUUCGACCUCGUCUCGCGCUACCUCGAGGGCGUCCACACCCUGCGACCCGACGCCUUCUUCCCGUUCAUCCACACCCUCGCCGACUACCGCCUGCGCCCGCCGCGCUCCACCUUCUCCAACCCGGUCUUUGCCGAGCCCGGCCCCGGCAUCGACGGCAAGAAGCGCAAGGGCCAGUACAGCGACCACAACCCGAUCUUUACCCGGCACGCGCUCGCCAACGAGACGCUCGCCGCGCUCGAGUCGACCCUGCCGCGCAUCGACCAGUGGAAGAAGCGCGUGCGCGGCAGGUACGGCGACAUGCACCUCGCGCUCGUUGCGCAGGAGGGCCACGCCGCGCUCGAGGCCAUGCGCGACGUGUGGCUGCAGCGCGAGCGCGACGUCGUCCAGCCCGAGGCGCACAAGGGCGAGUGCGAGAGCUGGGCCGACGUCGGCGGCAAGAAGGCGUGCAGCAUGGAGCAGUUUUGGGUCGCGGUUGGGCGCGUGCAGGCGAUCGAGCAGGGCCCGAUCCGCCUCGACGGUGGCUCGCCAGCGACGUACGACUUUGACCACUUCCUCCCCGCCGACCUCGACGAGUCGCUGCCGCUCGUCGUCCUGUACGCCGCGCCGACCGACGAGGCCUUUGUCGCCCUGUUCAAGGGCUUGUACGCGCUUGCCGCCCGCCCGAGCCCGCGCAUCCAGCUCGCGCUGCGGUGGAAGCCCGACACGGCCGUCGAGCUGCAGGGUUACGCGCCAGACUUUGCCGUCGAGGCCGUCAUCAAGGACGGGUUCGAGGCGCCCGAGGUCAAGGACGUCGCCGACUUUGCCAACCGCGCUGCGUCGUACAUCGUCGGCGCCAAGGACCAGGUCGCCGCGCUGAACGAGGUCGCCUCGACGCUCCCGCUCGUCGCCGACGCCGUCUCGAACACGAAGCGCCGCGGCAGCCUCGCCAAGACGUCGACCCUCGCCGAGCGCGUCACGCUCAACGGCAUCCCGAUCUCGCCCGCCGACCUCACGCACGCCGACCUGCUCGCCCUCAUGCAGUCGGAGCGCAAGGUCAUGCAGGACCUGCACUCGGUCGCCGCCUCGCUCCUCCAGGAGGAGCGGGCCCGCGACAUCGUCCUCGCGGCCAACCUCACGCUCGAGCAGCCGCGCAAGUCGGCCAACAGCCUCGCGAUCCCGACCGUCGACAAGCCGCUCGCGUUCGUCAACCUCGCCGAGGCGUUCAAGGACCUCCCGACCCGCUUCUACCGCGCGUCGUACCUCGAGGGCGUCGUCGCCGAGGAGAACGAGGAGGGCGACCCGCCGGCCAUCUCGACCUUCUGGGUCGUCGCCGACCUCGACUCGGACGAGGGCCGCACGCUCGUCACGAACGCGCUCCGAUACGCCGACACGACGGGCGAGAUCCGCUUCUCCAACGAGCUCCCAGAGGCGUACCCGCAAGAGCUCAUCGACUUCCUCGAGCUCAACGCGAGCAACGAGCACCCGCCGCGCCGCAAGCUGAGCGACCAGUGGACGGCCGAGAACCCGAUGACGCCGUUCGUCGAGAAGGGCAUCACGGGCGACGCGGCGCAGAACGUCACGAUGUACUGGAAGGGCGUCGCACCGUUCGCCGAGCGUGUCGGCGUCCAGCCGGGCGAGGCGGCCGUCAUCCUCAACGGUCGGAUCAUCCACCUCGCCGACAAGGUCUUUGCGACGGGCAGCUUCCAGGCGCUGCACCAGUACGAGCUCAAGCGCCGCAUCAAGCCCGUGCACGAGGCGUGCAUCCCGCACUACCCGGACCAGGUCGCUGCCGACCGCCGCCUCCAGGCCGACAUGGUCGCCAUCGCGACCUCGGUCGCCGCGAGCUCGGCGGGCACGACGCGCAUGGCGACGCCGCGGGGCGCCGCCGUCAAGGGCCUUGCCUCGAUCACGCACGGCAACCGCGACCGCGCCAUGUUCGAGUUCGUCGCCGUCCUCGACCCGCUCGGCCCGCUCGCGCGCCAGGUCGCGCCCCUCCUCCUCGGCCUGCGGUCCCACACCCUCGUCUCGUACCGCGUCUUCCUCCUCCCUGCCUCGGCAUCCACCACCGUUGACCUCAAGACGCUGUCGGGCCGCUCGUUCCCGGCCAAGAUCCAGUUUGGCGAGGACCAGCACGAGCGCGCGCCGUCGGUCGACUUUGCUGGCCUGCCCGAGGGCGCCGUCCUCGACGUCAAGGCGUUCGUGCCGCAGACGCGCGAGGAGUUCUCGGGACCGGGCGGCAAGGGAGGAGAGAGCGUCAGGGUCGUUGGGCGCGGCGAGGAGGGCAAGCCGCAGGUCGUGCUCUUCUCGAGCGCGGGCGAGGAGAAGGAGGUCGAGGCGGUCGAGGACAAGGCGCAGCACGUCCGCGACGAGCUCUAGAGCAUCCCUUCCCUCCAUUCGGCAUCAGUAUCUAGUCCGUCAUCUGCAUCGCAGCGACCAGUUCGCUCGCUUCGUC